AUGGAUGAUAAUGAUUUUGGUGAUUUUGGAUCUGAUCCUUAUGAGUUUGCCAAUGUGAUUGGGGAUGGAGAUCAACCAUUGUACCCUGGUUGUAGAAAGUACACGAAGUUAUCGACGUUAGUGAAGUUGUAUAAUUUGAAGGCAAAACAUGAGAUGAGUGAUGUAUGUUUUACAGAAUUAUUGAUACUUCAAGGCGAUUUGCUUCCAGAAGGAAAUACAGUACCGGCCUCUAUGUAUGAGGCAAAAAAGACUUUGUGUGCAAUGGGGCUGACUUAUGAGAAAAUGCACGCAUGCCCCAAUGAUUGCAUCUUGUAUAGGAAGGAGUAUGAGGAUUCAACUAAUUGUCCUACCUGUGCUAAGAGUUUGACUUGGCACGCUACUAGAAAAUCAAUUGACGGUCAGAUGUCUCAUCCAGCGGAUUCCCCGUCUUGGAAACUUCUUGAUGAUAAAUGGCCCGAGUUUGGUAAUGAGCCGAGAAACUUGAGAUUGGCUCUUUCAUCUGAUGGAUUCAAUCCCCACAGUUCUCUAAACGUCUACUUGGAGCCUUUGAUUGAUGAUUUAAAAUCUUUGUGGGAUGGGAUUAGAGGAGUAUAUGAUGCACAUAAUGGAGAAUACUUUACACUCAGAGCUGCAUUAAUGUGGACAAUUAAUGAUUUCCCCGCCUAUGGAAACUUAUCUGGUUGUGUUGUUAAAGGAUAUAAAGCUUGUCCAAUAUGCGGCGAUGAUACACCUAGUCACAAGUUCAAAAAUGGCCACAAAAUUUGUUACAUUGGGCAUAGAAAAUGGUUACCAAUCAAUCAUCCAUAUAGGAGGCAACGUGCAGCUUUUAAUGGGAAACCUGAAUAUGGCACACCUCCGGAGCCAUUAACCGGAGAAGAAGUGCUGCAUAUGGUUGAAGAUGGUCAUAGAGUUUGUUGGAAGAAGAAAUCAAUAUUCUUUGAUCUCGAGUAUUGGAAAUACCUUCCUGUGAGGCAUGUCCUAGAUGUUAUGCACAUUGAGAAGAAUGUUUGCGAUCGUAUCAUUGGUACAUUGUUGGAGAUCCCUGGAAAAAAUAAAGAUGGGAUUGCUGCUCGAUUAGAUUUAUUGAACAUGGGGGUCAAAAUUGAUUUGCAACCCGAGUAUGGAGAAAGACGUACUCGUUUGCCUCCCAGGCCUUGGAAUUUGUCAAGAGCAGAGAAGAGAGAGGUUUGCAAUUCUUUCUAUGGUAUGAAGGUCCCUGAAGGUUAUUCUUCAAAUAUAAAAAAUCUUGUAUCUUUACAAGAUUCAAGACUUCUUGGCCUUAAAUCACAUGAUUGUCAUACCUUAAUGCAACAAUUGCUCCCUGUGGCAAUUCGUUCUGUUUUGGAGAAGCCUGCAAGGUAUGCAAUAACUCGUUUGUGCUUCUUCAAUGCUAUAUGUGCAAAGACUGUUGAUGUUUCCAAGCUAGAUAAGUUGGAAGAAGAUGUAGUAGUUACUUUGUGUUUGCUUGAGAAAUACUUUCCCCCUUCAUUCUUUGAUAUCAUGGUUCAUCUAGUAGUACAUCUUGUCAGAGAAGUUCGUCUAUGUGGGCCAGUAUAUUUUAGAUGGAUGUAUCCGUUUGAAAGAUAUAUGAAAGUGCUAAAGGGGUAUGUUCAGAAUCGUACUCGUCCCAAAGGUUGCAUUGCUGAGCGGUAUAUAGCUGAAGAAGCUGUAGAGUUUUGUACCGAGCAUUUAUUUGAUGUUAGUACAGUUGAAGUGCCUUCAAGCCAAAAGAUGGGAGUUUCAAGGCCAUUAUCAGGUUGCACAGUGAGCGUAGUUGAUCGGGACCUGUUGAACCAAGCACAUCUAUAUGUCUUGGAGAAUACGGAGGAAGUCCUACCUUAUAUCGAGCAACAUAUGAUCCACAUCAAGACCGCUUAUCCAAAAUUUAGAAAGAGAACAAAGUGGCUGCAGGAUAAGCACAAUAGCACUUUCAUUCAAUGGCUACGCUUCAAGGAAGACAAUCAUGGCGUAUCAGAAAAUUUAAGGUGGUUAGCAGCUGGUCCAAACAUGGCAGUGCCAUUAUAUAGGAGCUAUCUUAUUAAAGGUAUUAAAUUCAACAUCAAGGCACAAGUGGACGAACUUGGAUUUACCCUUGUAGAUUUGAGUAAAAUUGGACAUAGGAAUGACCAAUUUGUUUUGGCUUCUCAAGUCAAACAAGUAUUUUUUGUUGACGACCCGAUGCAUCGUGGUUGGUCGGUAGUGUUAUCAAUGCCUAAUAGAGAAUAUAAUGAUGUUAUUGGUGAUGAUGUCUUAGGUGAUGUGAGAAUUGAGUGUGAGCCAUUUACUAGAGGGAUGCCAAAUGUUGACACAUUUGAUGAAGUGGUGGGUGAGUUAGGGAGUCAAAAUAUUCGAGAUGGGUGUGAAGAUAUAUGGAUUGAAUGA